CUCGGGUCCUGGCCGCGCAGCAGCGAUUGAGCUGCCUCCUGAUCUGGACUGCCGCGCUUUCUCUGCUAUAUCUCAACAAUGUUCUACACACGGCCGCUGCUUGCACAGAAGAUCCGGUUCGGCGAUCGGAACCUCCCACGCAUGAAGAACGUGCCCAAGGACAAGCUCCGCGGCAUGUCGCGGCGGCAGCUGUGCUGGACCGUGAUCAUUGUCACCAUCCCGGUCAUCGUCGUGUACUCCAACAUCCUGUACAAGCGCCUGGUGCUGGGCGAAGAGAAGCGGCGCACGUUCAAGGAGGGUGGUGUUGACAGCGCCUAUCUGCUCGACAACAUCGCCAGCUCGCGCCACAUUGACAAUGGCGGUGCCUCAACAUACGAAUUGCCGCGUGAGGACAAGUAGACAUGGCCAAGAAUGUGAGGUUGGAUGAUGCGCUUCAAUUUGGACACCUAUGUCCCCGCACCCCUUGCGGGGGUAGCUAUUCCUCGGCAUCAUGCUCGCCUUUUGGCUGCAUGCGACUGAAAUCAGCCCAAAGACCGAAAAAUACAAAGCUCCUAUUUUCAUUACACGCGAUGCUGGUAGUAGAACUGGAUAUUGCCAAAUAGAGGCCACUUUGCAGCCUUCGCUUCCCUUUUGUAUAGAGCGCCCCGCCGCACCAUUCUGGAUGGCCGCGCUUCCUUUUUCCUUUGAUCCUCUAUCUCCAGCAGCAACAGUACCAACACUAAUUCCAACCUUCUUUC